GCCAAAGCUUUAAAGCCUCACUGAAGAAGCUAUCCCAGCUGUGCGUGUACGAGGUGCUCUCCGUGAAGCGCACACUCAAGUACCGCUCGCAGGUGCGCGUGCAGACGCCUUCUGCGUGCAUGGGGAAAGUGGGGACGUUCUCGCGCACUGUGUGCAUGUUAGUCACCAAACCCAUCGACUACCACGAUGUCGCCAGUGCCCUUGCUGCGGACCUGAACACAAUGGUAUGUGUCUGCAAUGUUCACGUGUAG